AUGCUGUUGGGCCUCCCUAGUGGUCCAUAUGAAGGAGGCAUCUUCUUCAUCUCCAUCCGUUUCCCACCGGAUUACCCCUUGAAGCCACCAAUGGUGUCGUGGAAGACGCCUAUUCUGCACCCCAACAUCGACAAACCUCGCGUCUUCCAUCCGCUACUCGUCACCGCUACCUGGAAGGUUGAAACGACGGUGAAGGAACUCCUCCAAGCGCUCCAUGACAUGCUGCUUAACCCUAAGGUGCAGGAAGAGGACAACUACCUCGCAGACGUUGCACGCAUGUGCGUCUUUGAUAAGAUCCUAGGUGAUCAACUCUGA